AGCAACUGCAUCUUUGAUUCCAGCCUGCCUAUCAACCUGUUCCUCAAGUAUUGCUUGUGAUUGUACCAACACUACUUGCCAAGAAUGGGGAGCGGAGGAGAGAAGAAGCAACUGUUCCCAGUUUCCAUGGUGUCUGUCAGAAUUAUAAAAGCCAAUAUCAUCACCUCCAAAGAUUCACUGUCUGCAUCUGAUUGCUAUGUGACCCUGCAUCUGCCGACAGCAUCACCAGAGAAAUUCAGAACCCAAACUAUAAAGAACUCUAAUAAACCAGUCUGGAAUGAGACAUUCUAUUUUAGAGUCCAAACUGAGAUCAAGAAUAUAUUGCAGUUGGAGGUCUGCGAUGCUGAUCCAGUCACCAAAGAUGAUGUACAGUUUGUUAUUCUUUUUGAUUUGGCAAAAGUCCGGCCUGGAGUAACAGAUCUUGAGCUGUUUUCCAUAAAACCAGAGAAAGAAGAACGUCCUCCUAACUAUGAAUCCCUGGAAGUAGAAUUCAAGUUGGCAGAAACUUCAGGACCUCUAGAACAACUGAUUUCCAAUGGUGUCUUAGUGGCUCGUGAGCUUUCCAUCUUGGAUGUAAAGGUGAAGAAGGAAGAGAAUGAGAAGCUUUUGAAAGCCAAGAAAAAUGUUGUGCUUACCAUGCGAGAGUCUUAUGAAGGAACACAGAAGACAUCCGAAGAUGUAGAUUCCUUCCGCUUUCAUUGCAUUAAGAGCUGGGGCCCAGUACUCAAAGCCAAGCUUCAGAGUGUUUCACGUGAAGAGAAGAAUGAUUCACACCACCUUUUAAUUCUGCCUUUGAAAUUACUUCCAGUGGGACAGCAAGUCAAAGUAGCCCUACCUAUGGAGGAGGGUGGGACUUUGGAGUUGUACCUCAAGGUAAUUGACUGUCCACAGAAUCUUGAUGUGCGUUUGGGAUAUGAGCUCUGUGCUAGUGAGCAGGAUUUCCUGCACAAAAGGAAGAAGAUGGUUGCUGGUGCCCUGAAUAAGCUUUUCCAUCUGAGACGAGAACUGCUUGAGCACGAGGUGCCUGUCAUGGGUGUUAUGGCAACAGGAGGUGGAGUCAGAGCCAUGACAGCAUUAUAUGGUCAUCUCUUAGGACUCCAGAAACUGAAUCUUUUGGAUUGUGUUUCGUAUAUUACCACUGCUUCUGGAUCAACAUGGACAAUGACAGACUUAUACAGAAAUAUUGACUGGUCACAGAAAAGUUUGGAAGAACGCAUCAAAGUAGUCAGAAGUCAAAUGUUGAAGAGCAAAUAUGAUAUUAUUUCCAUUGAACGACUGAAGUAUUAUCACAAAGAGCUGGUUGAGAGGGUUGAAAGGGGGCACCUUCCAUCUUUUACAGCACUCUGGGCCCUUGUUCAAGAAGCUUUCUUACAUGAGAAACCAAAUUACAGUACACUGUCAGAACAGCGUCAGGCUUUGAAUCAAGGCCAGAACCCUUUGCCUAUCUACACGGCCAUAAACGUCAAAGACAAAAACGUCAGCACCUUUGACUUCAGAGAAUGGGUGGAGUUCUCUCCUUAUGAAGUGGGAUUCCAGAAAUAUGGUGCCAACAUUCGUGCAGAAGAUUUUGACAGUGAAUUCUUCAUGGGAAAGUUAGUGAAGAGGAUCCCGGAAUCCCGGAUUUGUUAUCUGGAAGGUAUCUGGACUAACAUUUUCUGUCCAAAUCUGCUGGACGGUUUGUAUUGGGCUUCUUCGCCAGAAGAGUUUUGGGACCGAUGGGUCAAAGACGUGACCAAGAGUGAAGAAGAUGAGGGAUAUGUCACUGUCUACAAGCCUCCAAGCUCUGGAACUGGAAAACUCUGUGAAAUCUUUAAUGAUAUUCUAACUGAUCGUCCUUUAAAGGGAGACUCUCACAACUUUCUGCGAAGGCUCGAUUUUGAUAAAGGCUAUUUGCAACAGAAAGAAUUUAGUGAAUGGAGAGAUACUGUGUUAGAUGCUUUUCCUAGUAAGCUGACGCCAGUAGAGAAAUCGCUCUGCUUAAUAGACAUAGGCUAUUUUAUUAACAACAGUGGCCAGCCGCUCCUUAAGCCAGAGAGGAAUGUGGAUAUCUUAAUUGCACUGGAUUAUGGGAUUAACUCAGGCUUCCAGCAAACAGAGAUGAUGGCCAAAUACUGUGAAGUGCAAGGUAUCCCCUUUCCGAAAGUUGACAUAACUGAAGAGGACAGGAAGAAUCCCAAAGAGUGUUAUGUGUUCUCAGAUGAAGAUAACCCCAAAGCACCAAUACUGCUUUAUUUCCCUCUAGUAAAUGCCACCUUCAAGGAAUACAAAGCACCAGGGGUGAAACGCAUUCCUUCCGAAAUGAAUGGAGGUGAAGUAAAUUUGAGCGAUGACUCACCUUAUAAAACAAUGCAUUUAACCUACACUGAGGAAGACUUUGACAAACUACUAAGCUUGUGCACCUAUAACAUCCUCUGUAGCAAAGACCAUAUUCUUCAGGCCUUCCAGUGUGCUAUACAGAAGAAGCAAAACAUUUGGCUUGGAGGUUUGAAUAUCAGCUCAGCCUAGAAAGUAAUUCUCUCUCCUUGAGGGAGACUGGGGGGAGGGGGCACUACCACCACCAAUAUUUAGCCUCCAAUACUUAAACUUUGAAAGUAAUGCUAAGGCAUAGACAUUAUGCAUGCAGUUUGCAGUGAACACUAACUAGUGGAGUUCCCAUCCUGCCUAGUUUGAACUGAUGGCUUAUUUAUUUGCUUUUUUACUUUUUUUUAAGCCAUCCCACUUCAGGUUCACCUAUGUAGAUUGUAGUUGUGGAUAAUGCAAAGAAUAUAGUCAGAAGAGUUUCAGGAAGUGAGUCUGAUGGGGACUGAUGACACCCAAUUUUCUAAGACUAUUGAGCCAGUAUUGCAGUGUGUGGCUGAGAUAGUAUUGCAAGGAACAAUAUUGUUGAUAUGCUAUAAAUUGGAGAUGUCACAGGGAUUUGUUUAUAAUAAUUUGAAUAGCUGACCCUCUCCAACUCUAAUGGAAAUGAAUGGGAUGUGUUGGGACUGUAAUACCUACUGAAGUAAAACUGUGAAGAGUGGAGCUUUCUUGGUUCAAUUCCACUAUUUCAUCAUACCAAGAGAUAUUCUUGCUGUUUCCUUGCUAAGAGCGAUUAUUUCCAUUCCCUUUUCUACCCUCAAGAGAUUGACACAUUUCAGCUGUGAAUUAUACCAGCACUGUUAAAAGAGUUUAGUACUGCAACUUCAUGAAAACAGUUAUAAUUACUUACAAUAUUGCCUUGUUUGCUUGCAUUGCCUCUGUCAGUAUGAACUGUUAGUCAACUAUAAGCCAACAAAUUAAAUCCACAACACAGCUGUGCUUGUUCAAAAUGA